GGAAGGAUUGAGCUUGUCUAGAAGUCUGCUAGCAAAACUUUCUGACGAAGCAUUUGCUGAAAAUCGCACUUGCUGAAGAAGCCUGUGACAAAACAAACCUGCGAAAGAUGGUUCCUGGCCAGGAGAAGCACCAGCAGGGAGAUCGGCUGGAAGCCCAUACCAUGGCGCUUCCAGCAGAUGGAUCCCCAACGUUGGAGGGAAAUCCAGACAACGGUAAGGAACACGGUAAGGUGUGGUUAAAUGAAGCCGAUGUGGUUUCUGAAGACCAUGGAGAGGAGUUGAGGUAUAGUUCAGCUCUGCAGUCUGUGGACUGUUCUACCAGCUCCAUUGGGGACGAGGUAGGUAAUGAAGACCAGGAUGACUUGCGUCCAGAGAAGUCCAGACCUAUCGCGACCUUGCAACAUCAUCAGGUAGGUUUGGAAGAGAAGGGGGCUUCUUUGACUUCCAGACGCGCCAGAAGAAUAACAAAUAUGGUGUAUGCUGCGAAGGAGGAAGACCCACCAUCAAAGCUUAGUUUUGGUACCGUGCUUCCUUCCAGCUUUAAAUUCACACCUGGACUUGACAAACAGGAAGAGCCAAUUUUGCGUCCAGAGGACUCUGGACCAAUCGGUGUCUCGCCACAACCUCUCGGGGGCUGGAAAAGUUUAGUGGCUUCUUUGACUUUUGGCCGCGCCAGGAGAGCUACAAAGAAGGUGGAUGCUGCAAAGGCGGACGACCCUUCAUCAAAGCCUCUUCAUCAGGUAGGUAUGAAAGAGGACGCGGCUCAUGUGACAUCUGUGACUGGCAUAAACGGGAAGAGGAGAAAGGACAGUGAUUCUGAAGAGCAGCCUCCUGCCAAGAGGAUCAGGGAGAACCAAGCUGAUGAUGAGUUCCCCUCCAAGAGGACCAGAGACACCGUUUCUGAAGAGGAGCCUCCUGCCAAGAGGACCAAGAUCGGUCUUCCUCCAAGUGGUGAUCUCUUUUCAGUUUUUCGGGCACGUCCUCUUCCUGAAAAGGACCUCCGUGCCAAGAGGACCAGGGACAGUGUUGCUAACGUGUUGUCAUCACGUAAGGAUCCUGGACUGUCACCCCCCGUCCUCAGUCCCUCUUGUAAAAUAGCGCGUAAACGUCCUAUUUUGUCACCCCGUGUUUUCAGACCCCCACCAAGGAUGAUGCCAUGUGACAUGGAAGAGGAACCAAAACCUUCAACAUCCAGUGGAAUUACAGCAAGAGAGAGUUCCAGACACGUGUGGUUUAGACCUCGCUACGUCCUGUCAAGUGACUCCGAGUAGAUUGGGAUCCGUAAAAACCGAAGACCGUUUUGGGAAGUUGAAUAAGAACAUCAUCACUUCUUGUUGGUUUUUUAUUAAAGCCAAUGGGUUUCUAGCAAGCCUGUGGAAGCCUUAGGUAGCUCCUUGCACCACGGUUUUCUUCAUCUUUGCGUUUUCCUCUACUCUCCAUGUUUCAGGUGUGACAGUGGUUCUUCCCUACAUAGUGCUCUCCAGUAUAGUAAAUUAUUCUUUCCUGUUCCUCUACUAAUCCACUCUCCAAGUUUUCAAUCUUUCAGGUUGUAGCUGCUCAUCGUUGGAUCCUUUCGUCGUUGUCCAUGUGGUUCCUACCUUCUGGAUCCCUUGUCUUUCACGCUGCUUGUAAGUUUUUUCAUUCCACUUUCACAUGAUGCUGCUUCCCUCCUGCUGGUGGCAGAUCUCUGAUUCUCUGAUCAUCCCAGGUUGGAUCUCGUCAGCCUGUAAACCUCCACCUUCACCACCACCAGUCAGAUGGAGGAAGAUAAGAGAACCCAGUUGAAAAAAAUUCCUUUCAUAACAGCAGAGCUUUGAUGAGCUUUGUGCUGAUGGAAGGAGGAUCAGGAAUAGAGCAGAGGACCUGCUGAUCUACUGGCUAUAGUAGGUUUUAGAAAUGGUGAGGACAUAAUUAUGAAUUGAUCAGAAAGUCUGAUUCAGUGAUCUCUUAUUUAGACAGAAAUGAAGGAAUGUGUGUCUGAUCAUGUGUUGAUUCUC